CUAUAUAAAAAGUUUUUUAGCAGUGAGUUUCCCCUCCCAGUUGCAUUUGCUACCUCUAGGGUUUUCCACAUAUUCGGCGUCUUCUCUCCGGAUUCGAAAUGGCGAAGAGAACCAAGAAGGUCGGAAUCGUCGGCAAGUACGGUACUCGUUAUGGAGCGAGUAUCAGGAAGCAGAUUAAGAAGAUGGAGGUCAGCCAGCACAGCAAGUACUUCUGCGAGUUCUGCGGCAAGUACGGAGUGAAGCGAAAGGCUGUUGGUAUUUGGGGAUGCAAGGACUGUGGCAAGGUCAAGGCUGGUGGUGCUUACACCAUGAACACCGCUAGUGCCGUCACCGUUAGAAGCACAAUCAGGAGGUUGAGGGAGCAGAUCGAGGGUUAAUUUGUCUCAGUCAUAAUUUUGCUUAUUUGCUGUGACAAUUAUGGUUUUCAAGUACUACUAUGCUUUUCUGUUUUUGAUUCAAGACAGUUGUUGUUUACAUUUAGCCGUGGAUCAGUUAUUCUGUGACAACUAUGUUUUUGCUCUGCUAUUUCAUUACUCAUUGCUCUGAA